AUGAGUGAAAUUCUUAUGGACCUGUGGAAAAUGACCGAAGAUAAAGAGAGUUCUACAAUGAAACCAAGCGAUGAAUUGUAUUAUACAGCGGGUGAUGCUAGCAAUGGACCCGUUGUCAGUGAUAACUUUUCCCGCCAUCUCAUUACUAGCGGCAAUGAACCAGGACUUGCCGUUGAACCUGAAGAUGACCAGCUAAGUUUAUGGUUGGCUGCCGUUCCGCUUAUUGCCAUGGUAGUGGUGAACGUGCUGGCGAACGGCGCAAUAAUACUAAUAUUUAUCAGAAAGCGGUGUAUCCGGAGGUGUCGUAAUAUCUACAUACUUAGUAUUGCUGUUGCCGAUUUUCUAAUUGGACUGUCUAUGCCGCUUUCCAUUGUGGAGACUUUAAGCCGGAAGUGGAUAUUUUGGCCUUUUUCAUGUUGGGUGUUUCUCAUGGUAAGAUACUCACUUUUUUUCAUCUCCUUCAUCAGUAUAAUACUGUUAACUCUCGAUCGUUGGUGGUCCAUCAACUUCCCGUUCUCGUACCGGGUACGUCAGAGCAGAACAAUGGCGGCGAUUAUUGUUGUGUGUUGUUGGUUUGUCAGCUUCAUAUUACAUAUCCCCCUGAUUCUUGGUUGGGAAAGUUUUGAUGCCUCCGCGGGAGUUACUACAGAGACAUACUGUCGCGUUCCACCAAAGAGAAACUUUAUCUUUACAAUUUGCGCUUUUGUACUUGAAUAUUUCACUCCACUUACGUGCCUCAUCUUCCUUAAUUUUGGAAUUUAUUUUAAACUGUCAAGAAGAAGAAAUACAAAGAAAAUCCGAAGAUCGAUGAGUUCUUCGGACACCUACAUGUUAUAUAGUAGAAAAACAUCGUCCGACUCUGGUGGUAGUAAUAGUUUCAAUAAUAACAAUAACACUUUUGAUGAUGCGACAUCGGAUGUGACGUUGUACACACAUAUGCCUGACGUCAGACGCCACAGUGUUUAUUUGUACACGUCACGUCGAGCAUCCACUUCCUUCUACAAAGUGCCUAAGAACUCACUGGGUAACUUCAACCGAGCUCAUCAAACCAGCCGACGUGUGUCCGUUGAUACGGCAUCGCUCGUUAAGUCUAACAGAAACAACCACUGCGUCCUACAACAAAAGCCGAGCUUUCCCUCGCGCAAACAGAGUGACGACAUUGUAAAAGACUUUCUCGGACGGCAGGACAAAAAGGCGAUUUUGUCACUCGGACUGUUGACGUUGGUGGCGUCAGUUUGCUGGACGCCAUAUACCCUCAGUAGUGUCGUGUAUGCGUUUUGUCCAUCUUGCAUUCCAUCUUGGUUGUCCGUAUUUUUCUACUGGAUACUGGCUGCCAAUUCCACAAUCAAUCCUUUCCUGUACGGAAUUGGAAAUCCAGACUUUCGAAAAGUGCUUCGAACGUGGAUGUCGUGUUUUACUCAACACGGUAUUAAUAUGGACAACGAAACGUUGUUAUACUGUCAGCUUCAACAGAACUGUGAACUGGAGACCCUGAGGGAAUAUAAUGUAUUACAGUUAAAAAACAGUUCUCUGUGA